AUGGGAGCGCGUACCGGCGUCAGCCUCAAGCUGCUGCAGUUCUUCUGGCGCGGCAUCACGUUUGGCUGCGCCAUCGUCGUGCUCGGCAUCUACGCCUACUUCUUGGCCACGAUGCACACGCACAAGGUCACGACGCCGACGUGGGUGCGUGCGGUCGAGGGUCUGGCCGGCUCGGCCGCCCUGUACUCGCUCAUCGGGCUGCUGCUGCUCUGGUGUCUGGCCGGCCGCUCGCUGGCCUCGCUCGUGGCCGUCGUGCUGGACGUCUGCUUUGUCGUCGGCUUCCUCUACGUCGCGAUCGAGAACCGUGGCGGCGCGUCGCGCACCUGCAAGGGCAGCAGCAUCCGCACACCCUUUGGCACCGGCGCCUCCGAUACCACCAUCGCUAGCACGCGUCAUGACGGCAGCAUCAUCCGCCUGCCCAGCUUCCGCACCGCCUGCAAGCUCGAGACCGCCUGUCUGGCUGUCUCCGUCAUCGCCAUCGUCGCCCUCAUCCUCGCUGCCCUGACCGAGAUGCUGCUCGCGCGCAACCACCGCCGCGAGAAGCAGUACGGCGCCGUCAACCCCGGCAACGGCUUCACCGACGGCACCGGCAAGCGCCGCCUCGGCCCCUUUGGCCGCCGUCGUCCCCAGCAGCCGCAGCAGCCCCUCGCGGACGAGAACGCCCUGCCCCUUCACCCUGACCCCAACGGCGAGCUGGCCGAGAAGCCGCCGGCCACGUACGGCAACUCGCAAAAGUACUGA